ACAAACAAUACAACAAUGUUCACGAGAUUUGCGAAGUUAAUUUUAUUUGCCAUUGUUUUUAUAUUAAGUUUCGAUUACCACAAAGUCUACGCACAAAGCUCUUGUACAACAUUACGUUGUCAAACUGGAGUUUGUGUUCCAAUAUUAACAUGCAAAAUAAUAACUCAAUUACUGAAAAUUGCCCCACGCCCUCUUCCACCCACAGUCACAGAUGUCAUACGAAGAUCACAUUGUGGAACAUUCAAUAAUAUUCCUCAUGUUUGCUGUGAUGCUAAUAACAUUGAAAAUGCAGACGAAACAGAACAACAAUCAACUCAAGCUGCGCCAGUUGUGUCCACUUCCCGUUCCAAAACGACAGUACGUCGUAGUUCCGAAUUUAGCGAAAGACAAAUUAAAGCUGGAAUGAAUAUUCUCGAUAAGACCGAUUGUGGAAAAAGUAAUGCUGAUAAAAUUUCUAAUGGAGUAGAAGCCGGUCUUUCCGAAUUUCCAUGGAUGGCUUUACUUGUCUAUACUGAUGGAGUGUCAAGAACUCUUGAUUGUGGUGGCUCUUUGAUUACCGAUAGAUAUGUUUUAACAGCUUCCCAUUGUAUUCGAUCUCCGAAAAAGAAAUUAGUAAGUGCAAUUUUGGGAGAGCAUAAUAAAUCCGAGCCUAAUGACUGCGUCGGCGAAGGACAACGAAGAAAGUGUGCCCCACCCACACAAGAAAUUGAUAUAGAGGAGGCAAUUUAUCAUAAAGACUUUCGCCCAAACCCAAGAUUUGCAAAUGAUAUUGCACUUAUUCGACUUGUAACGUUCGGCCAAUUUGUUUACCAAUUACCGAAAAAUCAAAAACAGCUUAAUUGGUUGACAAUCGCUGGUUGGGGUAAGAUAGAAAAUCAAACUUCAGCAAAUGCUUUGCAGAAAGCAACUGUACCAUUACGCGAAAACAAUUAUUGUGAUGAGAAACUUGGUCUUAUUCGAUUGACUGAUGAUCAAUUGUGCGCUGGAGGAGGAGACAAAAAGAUCGACACAUGCUUGGGUGAUUCGGGAGGGCCGAUAUUUUAUGCAGUUCCCUAUCGAUUUGUUUUAAUGGCAGGGUUUGGUAAUUUAUCAACGGUUAAAGAUGAUAGGUCGCUCAAAAAAUAUACCGUUCAAGGCUCUUCAGCAGUGACAAGUCGUCAAAUUGAUGUUGAUUUUGAAAAACCAAUUAUUCGUAAAAGUGAGCGAAAAACAGAUGAAGAAAUAAAUUCAGGAUACCGUAUUCUCGAAGCUUCAAAAUGUGGAAAAAGGGAAAUAGAAUUAACAAAAACUACUGAUAAAACUGUUCAACCACAGGAAUUCCCAUGGAUGGCAUUAUUGGUAUAUUUUGAUGGUUUAACUAGAACUCUAGGUUGUGAUGGUUCUUUGAUCACUGAAAGAUAUGUCUUGACUACAGCGCAAUGUAUUCGUAUGGAAAAUAAAACUUUAGUAAGUGUUAGAUUAGGUGAAUAUAAUACAUUGCAAAGGGACGACUGUACCGGAAAUGAAAUUAACAGGAACUGUGCUCCACCUGUUCAGGAAAUCGAUGUUGAGGAAGCAAUUUACUACCAGGAUUAUGAUCCGAAUUCAAUAUCAUUUAUUGGAGAUAUUGGUCUUGUUCGACUUAAAACUAAGGCGAUUUUACGAAGUAAUGUUAAGCCAAUAUGUCUUCCAUUAACACAUCACUCCAAUGUGGAAAAAAAUAAAUGGAUGUCAAUUGCUGGAUGGAAUAGAUUGAACAAAGAUCAAAAAUCAAAUUUGCCAUUUAAAGCUUUAAUACCAACAAUUAAUUAUCAAGAAUGCCAAGGAAUUCACAUUUUCAUUGAUUUAGUAGACAAACAUAUGUGCGUUGGAGAAGAUAAUGUAGAGAAUAAUUAUUGUAAAGGCGAUUCUGGCACACCAAUGUUUUCUACCGCUUUUUAUGCUUACGGUAGACAACCGCGUUUUGUUCAGUUUGGUAUUGUAUCGCUUUAUGGACAAUUUUGCAAUUCUAUGCUGCCAAGUAUUUAUGUAAAUGUUACAUCAUAUCUACCAUGGAUAGCUGGAAAUAUUCGUCAUUAAAUUGAAAUUGUUUGAAAGUUUUGUAAUAAUUUAAAAAAUAAAUUCAAUAAAAUAAAAUAAUGCCAUCUGCAUUAUAUGCAUUUGAA